AUGGAAUUGCCCAGGGGCGAUGAUCUAAUGACGAGAAUCAAGGAUGCAGUAAACACCACACUGGGCGCCGAUCUCGUGAUCCGGAACGCGAGCAUAUUCACUGCAGCCGAAGGCCCGUCUUCUACAGCAAGCGGCUUUGCGGUCAAGGACGGCACCUUCAUUGCGAUCACUGGCAACGACACCGAGAUGGAUCCGUUCAUUGGGUCAAAUACCGUGGUGAAAGAUCUGGCCGGUGCGGCGGUCGUUCCCGGCCUGUUCGACACACAUGUUCACCAUAUUAGUGGGGGAAAGAAGCUCUUGAAACAAGUGCAGUUCCCGUCGUCCGCCUCCCUCGAUGAGGUGCUCCAAGCCGUCAAGUCCUGGACCGCCAAUAUGACCAACGCCACUGCUUGGGUCACGGGCGGCAGCUGGGGAAGCACUCUUCUUCCCGAGAUUUCCAAAACAGAAGCUCUGGCACGUUUGGAUGAGGCUUCGAGUGGCCAUCCUGUUCUGCUCGAUGAUGACAGUUAUCACAACGCCUGGGCAAACACUGCCGCUCUCAAGGCCGCCGGAGUCUACGCGAGCACCAGCACGGGUAUUCUAAUUGAAGGCGCAGCUACAGCGGUCCGCCAGGUACAGGCUGCAGCCGAACCCGACUCUCUCGAUGAUCUCAAAGAGUACUCCCUCGCCGCAUGGGAUCUGUUGCAUUCAUACGGCGUGACCGGCAUUCAGGACGCCGCUGUGUCGGAAGAACAGCUCGAUGCUCUUGUCGCGUUGGACGAAGAAGACAAGUUGCACGGAUGGGUAUCGAAUUGUCUAGUUAUGACUGGGCAAUUGGCAUCGCCCGGAUUGAAUGCUACCGAAUUCGAUCAACACGCUCGCGAGGUCAACCGAGACCGGGUCCGUACCGAUUUCACCAAACUUUUUCUGGACGGAGUGCCGCCCGCUCAAACAGCUGGCUUUCUCGAGGCCUAUCUUCCUUCCACGGAGCACGGCUGUAACUACCACGGUCUCGUCUACAACACCACCGAGGACUUAGUUGACACCUUACGGCUGUACCGCACACAGAGCCGCAACACCAAAAUCCAUUGUGCUGGGGACUGGUCCGUGCAAGUGGCCAUGGAUGCGUUUGAAAUCCUCCGAGCGGAGGGAUCCACCCAGAAAUACCACAUUGCCCACGGCCAAUUUGUGACUCCUGAGGAUCAACGCCGGAUGAAGCUCCUCAACGUGGUAGCCGAGGUGUCGCCCUUUAUCUGGUACCCUGGAAUCAUCCCCCAAUCGAUUGCCAGCGUUUUGCCCGAGGAAAUCGCUUCUCAUAUGCAGCCCAACCGGGACUUGCUCGACCUAGGCGUCCUGGUCGCCGGAGGCUCUGACUGGUCCGUCAGCGCAGUUCCCAACCCUUGGGAAGGCAUUGGUGGACUGGUCACCCGUCAAGACCCCACUGGUCAAUUCCCAGGCACCCUGUGGGAGGAGCAAGCCGUGACUGUGGAGGAAGCGAUCCGUAUCUUCAGCAUAAACGGAGCCAAGGCUGCCGGCCUCGAUGACGUGGUCGGCUCGAUCGAAGUUGGUAAGGCCGCCAACUUCCUUGUCGUGGACCUUGACCCGUUCAGGGUCAAUACCACGGAAAUUGGCCGGACCAAAGUCCUCUCCACAACCGUCGCUGGCAAGGAGAUCUUCUCUCAGUCCGCUUAA